GGGACGACUCGGUCCCCCUCUGGUCUUUUCUUCGUCGCCUCAGGGCCAGCGGGCUCCUGAUGGACCCCGGGAAGGACGAAGAGGGGGUGCCGCGGCCUGCCGGGCCACCCACAAGGAAGAAAUUUGUCAUACCACUGGACGAGGAUAAGGUCCCUCCUGCAGGGGCCAAGCCCUUAUUCAAGUCCACACGGAGCCUUCCCACCGUGGACACCUCAGCCCAGGCGACCCCUCAAACCUACGCCGAAUAUGCCAUCUCACGACCUCUGGGAGGCGCUGGAGUCACGUGCCCCACGGGGCCAGAACCCCUGGCAGGAGAGACCCCCAACCAGGCCCCGAAACCGGGGACAAAAUCCAACAGCAUCAUUGUGAGCCCCCGGCAGAGGGGCAACCCUGUGCUGAAGUUCGUGCGCAAUGUGCCCUGGGAAUUUGGCGACGUAAUCCCUGACUACGUGCUGGGCCAGAGCACCUGUGCCCUCUUCCUCAGCCUCCGCUACCACAACCUCCACCCAGACUACAUCCAUCAGCGGCUGCAGAGCCUGGGGAAGAACUUCGCCCUGCGGGUCCUGCUCAUCCAGGUGGACGUGAAAGAUCCUCAGCAGGCCCUCAAGGAGCUGGCUAAGAUGUGCAUCCUGGCCGACUGCACCCUGGUCCUCGCCUGGAGCCCGGAGGAAGCUGGGCGGUACCUGGAGACCUACAAGGCCUAUGAGCAGAAGCCCGCAGACCUCCUGCUGGAGAAGCUGGAGCAGGACUUCGUCUCACGGGUGACGGAAUGUCUGACCACCGUGAAGUCAGUCAACAAGACGGACAGUCAGACCCUCCUGGCUACUUUUGGAUCUCUGGAACAGCUCAUAGCUGCAUCGAGGGAAGAUCUGGCCUUGUGCCCCGGCCUGGGCCCUCAGAAGGCCCGGAGGCUGUUUGAUGUCCUGCAUGAGCCCUUCUUGAAAGUGCCCCAGUGACCCAAGGACACCCCUGGUGUAAUAAUAAAGCAUUUUUCCGGUCCAGGCUCCUG